UUUUUGAAAACCACAUGUUAACAGCAAAGGUUUGAAGAAAAUGUUUUCUAUCGCUUGGCAACAAGCCAAGGAAUAUAAGGAAAUGUCCUACUUGUUCUUUGCAUAGCCAAACCCCAUGACCUACAGGGAGUAACCCAGAAGGUACACAAAGAAAUGACAUUUGACAAAUGGACGGGUUUCAUUUUGCAGAGCUUGAGAAAUUAAAGUAUGUGUGCCAUACCAUAGAUAAAUAUUCAGGAUUUCGAUGGGCAAAUGCUUUAUAUUCUGAAAAGGCUGAUUCUGUAAUUAUACCUUUAUUAGAAGUUAUGACUAUCAUGGGCUUACCUGUACAAAUGAAGACAAAGCUACAACAUAUGUCUGUAGUAAAAUGAAGCAUUUGUUUACAUAUAAACAAAUAUAAAGCAUAUUGGGGCUGGAGAGAUGAUUCAGGGGUUAAGAGCACUGUCUGCUCCUCCAGAGGACCCAGGUUCAAUUCCCAGAACCCACAUGGCAGCUCACAACUGUCUGUAACUCCAGUUUCAGGAGCUCUGACACCUUCGCAGAGACAUCCAUGCAGGCAAAACACCAAUGAACAUAAAAUAAAAAUAAAUUUUGAAAAAUUAAAAAAUGUAUAUAUAUAAAGUAUAUUAGAGGAAUACAAGCAAUCCUACAGGACAAGCAGCUGUAGAGUCGUCUACUCACACUUCAAAGGAGAUGCUUAACAAACAGAGGGGGUAACAAAGACCCACAGAGAUAGGCUACAUAAUGAUUUAUUAACUUUAAAAUUUCCAAAUGCUAAUGAGCAAAACCAACAGCUGUUGAAAGACAUUGGAUUAUGGGGGUGGGGGUGGGGAGGACUGGGGAAUUAGACCAUCCUAUCUGUUUUAAAGAAGCCUUAAAAUGGAAGGAAGGAAAUGUGUUAUGUCAAAGAAGAGGAUUUGUCUGUUUCAACAGGAGAAGAAAAGUUAUGGAUUCCAUCAAAAUUAAUAAGGAUUAUAUUUGACCAGGGGAGACCUCCUGAAAAUCUUGACUGCAGACGUAAAGGGAAACAAAACAAAACAAAACAAAACAAAACAAAAACAAAAACAAAAAACAAGAACAACCACAAAACAGGUUACAUGAACACUGACCCCUGCACGGGGCAGCUCUGAGACUGGCUCGACAUGAAAAUGUCUCCAGUCACGGCUUCAGCUAAGCAAUAAAUCUUACUGACUACAGCGUCCUCAGGAUUUAUCACGCCAUCUUUUCAAAUGGCAUGGCUGAAACUUUAUAUUACAGUUUGGAUAUACAGUCUAAACUAACUUAUUAAGAAAACACAGAUGCCAUACCUGCUUGAACAGAAGGCAGAGAAUCAUCUUUAGCUGCUCUGAGCACACACCACAUUCUGUCAAAAAAUGUCAAGAAUAUCCAAGACAUGAUCUGACAUCUAGGGGGGUAAACCAAGGUAGGCAGAGAAAUGAGGCAUGAGUAGCUGGGGUCGGUGCUGAGAACAGUUGACAGGGGUCAGCACUAAGGGGGGCUGACAGAAAUUGGUCCAGAUAGCAGCUGACAAGGGCUGCUGUCUAUGACAGAUAGCAAUUAGAGAGAUUUUACUGGGCAGACUUUCUCUGAGGGAAUAAAGCUUGAUUCACUGGACGGGCGCUCUCUGAGGCCAGCGAGAAACUCAGAACUCUUUUAACUCUUAGGGGCUAGCAAAAAAGAAAAGGAAAGAGAAAAUCCAUACACACACAUACACACACACACACACACACACACACACACACACACACAUACACACAUGCACACACAUAUGCACACAUGCCUGGUAGGUGGAUGGAACAAAGGUCCAACAAUUAGGCUCCAAGCAUUUUUUACACAUGCAUACAUAUAGACACAUAUAUACAUGUACAUGUAUAUGAACAUAUACAUCGUGAGUGAACAGAGCAAGUUCAAACACAGCCACAUAACUUUACAUACAUACAUACAUACAUACAUAUUGAUGGAUGGAAUGACAUUCCAACAACUUAUUUUUUUCUCCCAUAGCUAAUAUAUCCCAGCAAAAUCUUUCAAGCAUUAUAAAAUUACAAUGUGAUUACGUUCUAAUUUUCUUCUAGUGAAUGACUAUGAAAACCAGUAUGUUCCCCAAUACCUUUACAAGAAAAAACAUCGCUUAGUACAGGUAAAGAAAACAAACUAUUCCCAAGAACCCACGUACAUUCGUAACUAAGCAACUAUUACAGAUAACCAAAGCAUGAGCAGGCAAGGGAGUUUUCUCAGCCAGCUUCUCUUACAGACAGACAGCAUUCGCAGUUGCAAAGAAAGGAUUAAUUAUUAUUUAUCUUUAAAAGUAAACUUUUAAGAAUCUAAAAAGAUUCACGAAUCUAACUUUUAUAUAAAAAUCAGUCAUAUCUAUUUUAAAUCCUCAGAAUGCAUAUCCACUCAUCAGCAAUUCUUAUAAAAUCCUCUCAGAAGCUGAGGGCAAAAUGGGAAUAAGAAAUCAGUCAUCAGCAGUCCAGCCUCAGUGAGAGUCACGUCAGCCAGGGCUGCCAUUGUUCUUGUUCCCUGACAAAGUCCCUAGCUUAACUAAUAAGAGUGUGACUUUCUAAACUUUAAACUGUUCCCUAAGAUUUUCUACAUAGGAGCCAGUAGCAAAAACAUCUUAACCCAUCUUCACUAACUAUUUUUCCAAAUGCUUUUUAAGGGUGGUGGUCAUUGUUAAUGACCUACAUCCCUAAGUUCUUUCCUAGGGUGGUGACUGAAUCAUUAAUCUGCUCCAGCAGCAAUGCCUGAAAAAGAUCAGCACUAUUAUUGUGUGUAGGCUUAUAUUUUUCAAAACCUACUUUAAUAAGGGUUCUUGAGCCGGGCGUGGUGGUGCACGCCUUUAAUCCCAGCACUCGGGAGGCAGAGGCAGGUGGAUUUCUGAGUUCGAGGCCAGCCUGGUCUACAAAGUGAGUUCCAGGACAGCCAGGGCUAUACAGAGAAACCCUGUCUCGAAAAACCAAAAAAAAAAAAAAAAAAAAAAAAAGGGUUCUUGAAUGCUUCAAUGCCAGAGUAUCGUCAGGGAAGACUAGCAUGAGCGAAGCCCAACAAAGACCAGCAAGGCCAACCAACGUGUCAUCCGCUGUCUGUUGGAUACACGUACACUCUUUCCAAAGGUCACGAGUCCUCUCAAGCAUCCACUCCAUCAAAAAAUUACAUGCCCCUUUUGCCAGGCAGCUUCCAGAACACGACAUGUCUGUUCUCAGCAAAACAUCCUCUCCUAUGUAUGCUUCGGCAAAACAUCCCCUCAUACAACAGCUUCCAGGAAAAUAUCCCCUGACACAACUGAGUCUCCCUAGAAACCAGAAAUUUUCACUUCAGUUGUGAGUGCCAGUGAAGGGCUGGAAGCCCGCUCAGAGUUUUUAUACGAUUCUUAGAUUGAGAGGGAUGUGAAGGCAGCAAGCAGAGCAGAACUCCUUAACAGCAUGACGUCCUCAGGACACGUGGUCCUCAGGGCCACGCCUCUCUGAGGUGCACCCAUAGCGGAUGCACUAACCAGUGAGACACAUUCCAUGAGUUCUAAGGCCUUUUGUCAUCUCUCCUACAUGGCCCUCAGUAACAUUCCGAAAUACAUGUGUCAAUGCAGAAAUGUGUGUUACCUUCAAGAGUUGAUAUGUUCACAGAGAAAAACAACCAGACACCAGUGAGUUAAAGCAGCAACAAGAUUGACCCUCAAGGAUGCUGAAAAUGAUGCUGAGACAUAUUUAUUCCAGCAUCCUGCUUGAUCCGGUCUCAGACUGCCUUAGCUGCUGUUUCAUCAAAACUUGCUCCCAGGACAGCUUCAAAAAGGUCACCCUGUUGAACCAGCCCCUCAGACAGUUCCUGUCAGGACUUCAGUUAAGCCCUGCACUUUCACACCACACAGACUGGACCACAAAUGUUACAGCUAGCUUUCCUAAGACUGGCCAGUAUCCCAAUUUUCUUAGGGCCCCCAAAAGAGACAUUGUUGCUAGGGAUCAAGAAAUAAUUUUAAGAGAAUGACACCCAUUCCCAAGAAGUGGGGUGAGUAGUUUUUGGUCGUUCAAUGGAUGAUAGGUGUUUGCCAUCAUUUUAGGGGGUUGGGUGCAAGUUGUUAAUGGUCUUGGUCAGGAAGGAUACAAAGUGAAGGAGCACAGAUUCAUGGAUUUCUCUUUCUUUUUCUUCCCUUUAUCUUCUUUCUCUCACACCUAAUGCUGGGGAAAAGAACAGAAAGGGGAUGAAAAGAAAAAGGGGGGAACAUAUGAGGGAUAGUUUAAGGGGGUAGAUUAUUAAAGCUAUGUUUAAAGAGCAUCGACAGACAUUUUACAUUGGUGUGGAUUUUAUAUAUUGAUACAAAUUUAAGGUUACUUUUAUUACAGCAUACUGUAUAUAUGUCUCAACUCUUGUAUAAGGUAUUGUACUGCGCAACUCAUUUAAAAAGGCCAUGUGACGUUCUAGUCCUUUUGAAAGCUGCUAUUACAAAAUGUGGAGGAUAGUUAUGAAAUGCAAGCGAGGAGUCGAUCAAACUUAUGAUAAUGUUAGACACUAGUGUAAUUCAUUACAGAAAUAUGUUUCCUAGGUUGAACAGAUAGGAAAUAGCUAGAAACAAGCAAUGUUUGCCUAUUUAGAUACACUAUGGAUAGACGGUCUUCAAAACCUCAGAGAUCUACAGAAUAUGGCAUUUAAAGAUGUUUUAUUGAUAAAAGGUUUUUGUUUGUUUGUUUGCUUGCUUGCUUUUUGGCAAGGAGACAUGUCAGCUCCUGGCAGCACCUCCAUUGCAUUUCUUUUUUUCUUUUUUUUUUUUUUCCGAGACAGGGUUUCUCUGUGUAGCCCUGGCUGUCCUCGAACUCGGAGAUCUGCCUGCCUCUGCCUCCAGAGUGCUGGGAUUAAAGGUGUGCGCCACCACACCCAGCGCCAUUGCAUUUCAAAAAAGAUGAUGAGCACUGAAGAAUCCCCAAGUGGAAUUUGCUUCUUUGUGGCAAGCUGCCACGGGGCAAGAACCUGCCCUUGCCUCAACUGCGGACUUCAUGCUGUCUAUGCCGUGGGCAAGCAGGACAUGAAAGAAGUCGACUGCCAAGUUUUGCCGGGACAAGGUAGGCAAGUCCUUCAUAAUUCCUGCUUCACAGAAAAGUCUGUCAGAGAUUCUGGGACAGGAGGCCAAAGAUGAUGCUCUAACAAUGCAGAGAAACCACGCAGCCCCUCCGUCGUUUCCAUGGUUUUGGAAUUUGCUUGCUCUGCACUUCCUGUCUACUCAGAGAUAUUUAUCUUCCUCGGGCCUCUGACAGUUACAGACUCACAACUAAGCUUAAGCUAUUUAGGAUUUAAAUAUAGAACUUGGAACUCACCAAGAUAAGAUAAAGUAUUUCCCCACAGUUGCCAAAUGCAAAUGGACUGGACAGUGUGCAUGUAAUUUUUACCUGAUAGUUUUCAGAGCUGUUAUUAUUAUAUAUAGAUUAUUACAAGAAAGAGCCUUUAUUGGACUAAGAUGGGGAGAUGUUGGGUGAUGGUUUUGUGCACUGUGUACUGAGAUGCUGAGCACUGCGCCCAGAGAUUGAGUGGCAGUCAUGUUUGAUUGUCAAGCAUCUCCUGUCUCAAUGUUGUAUAAAAACUGUUUCCCAUCACCUCUGAUUGGUUAAUAAAGAGCUGAUCAGCCCAUAGCUGGGCAGGAGAGGAGGAGGUGGACUUCUCAACUCUAGUGAGGGACAGUGAUUGAGAGAAGGGAUUUGCCAUGGGAGAGUCACCAUGAGGACACUGACGGGCAGCCAGGACAAGACGACGAUGGCAAGUAAUGGGGCACAUGGCUGGGUAGUGGGCAGCCACAGACGGGUUAGAGCCCAUGGGCAUCUACCCAGAUGUAGAGCUGAAGCUUAUGAAGAAAGACCUGUCUCAAAAAAAAAUUAAACCCCUUUUUAAAAGAAUCUGAAGGAAGUGUAUGGAUGGCAUAGCUGGAUUUGAGAACCCCGCUGGCAGUGCCUCAUGACAAUGGCUUGGGACAGCCACUGGGAAAGGGAAGGUUGGCUUACUCCCAUUUAGUUCAGGAAGAGGAGUGUCCUCUCAGAAUCAGGAGAGUGUCUUUUCUCUCUCCUUCCUAGCUAUGUGUUUGGUUGUGUUAGGCCUCUUCCAGCCUUAGCUUCACCAACAGCUUAAGGGGAACACAGUUGGCACCCCUAAUCAGAAACAAAUGGAUAGUUUCAGUUGGGAGGGUUUGGGUUUUCAGGCCCAACCUGUAAUCUAUGCAGCUAGCCUAAAUUAAAAAAACAAAAACAAAAACAAAAACAAAAAACUGAAGUGCUUCCUGUCAAAGCAUUUAGUAUAAGGGUGGGAGAUAAGAAGGAAUGCCUUUCCCUUCCCCUGGUGCUAGUACCAGUCUAUAGUCACCUCCUAAACAACAGGGCCAGUUGUGGGAGAGUCCAGGGAGAGCCUGUGCUGCACUCCAGACCCAAGGGAGGAGGAUUCAGGAACAGAGAUGCACUGCACACAGCCCCUACAGAGAAAGCUGACUUAGAGGCCCAGAAAGAGCCCAUGGCAGCGACUCUUGUCCUGACCUUGUCAGUGGAGGUAUGCAGGGGGAAGGCAGCGAAAUGUCAUUUUCAGGGAGACUUUCUAAAAUGAUUUUAUUUCUUAUUUGUCACCACGUGGGUUUGGGGUUUGGGGGAUGAGUAGUCAAGAAUUGAAGGGUGUGCACCUGAAUUCGGUCUCCCAGAAGGCGAGGAGAGAGCCAGGGGACCCUGGUGUGAUCGUUUCGGACACUUGUGAGCCGUCCCACGUGGAUCCUGGAAGAAUCUUCCUGGAUGCAGGAAGAGCAGGAGUGCUUCGGCGCUGAGAGGUCUCCAGAGCCUCCCACCCACUUUAUGAUGGUAACAGCUGGCCCUCACCCAUGCAAAGCACACCGCUGGCAAUUUUCCACAGAAGAGGAAGUUUGAAAGGCACUUUGGACAGAUUUGCGUGCAUGUGUGUUGAGACAGGGUGGUGUGAAACUUAGGAUCUGUCUUGGUUUCAAGAAAGCUGGGACUGCAGGUGAAUUUCGCCACGCCCAGUUGGAUGCCUUUCAAGUCAAAUAGUUGGGACAUCUGUGGUGGAUGAACGAGGCCUAAGACUCCCAGGCAAACAUCUUUCUUCUCUUCCUUCUUCUUUUCUUCCCCCAGCACAUUGAUUCUCCAACGAGUCAUCCUAAAAGCCUUGGCCCUUGUGAACCCGCCACUUACAGAAUAAACAUCAGUUGUCUCUUCCUGAAGCCCGGAAACUAAGACAGUUGACCCCAGAGUUUCCUUGCGGCUCCAGAAAGGCCGCUAGAUGGCGAUCUGGAGCUGACCGCAAGAUCUGACUCCUUCCUCUUCCCCUUCCCAGCUAGGAGGUCCCUCUCUGGGAGGGUUACUGGAGUGUUGGGACUGACCCGGUUUCCUGUGUCUCAGAGAUAGCCAACCUCUGGGCACAGCAAGAGCCAAGUGGCCCACUGGACUCCGUAACGGUCCCGGGCAAGCCUGGAAGAGUGCAGAGAUCUGAGCCGCGCCCUGCGCUGGGUCCGUCGUCCCGCCUCGCUGGUCCCUAGCAGAACUGGAGCUGGGUGACACCCCGCGGCCAGUCCUGGGCGAGCCUUCCCCGAAAGGGGCGCGCCUGCGUUGCUCCGGGUUGGCUACAAGAGUCCUGGAGUUAAACUUUCAACCAAUAAAAAAGGGCAUGGGGAGUGACGCACGGGAUCGUCACGGGAAUUCCCCCCCUCGGGGGGCCGAAAGGGGCUUUCCCGGCUGGAGCCCUUUGGCUGGAGAGGAGCAACGACCGGUCCGGGGAAGGGCUCGGAAAGAAGUCGGAACCAGAGCCGCCACCACGGCGGGCGUCCGAAACUCUGGAAAGCUGAACCGGGGCCCGAAGCCGCAAGACACAGCAGGGCCUAGCCCAGAGAUAUGGACAAUUGCUACGAUCCAGGCCUGGAUGGCAUCCCCGAAUAUGAUGAUUUUGAAUUCAGCCCCUCCAUCGUGGAGCCUAAGGAUCCAGCCCCUGAGACAGCUGAUGGCCCCUAUCUGGUGAUUGUGGAACAGCCCAAACAGCGAGGCUUCAGAUUUCGAUAUGGCUGUGAAGGCCCCUCCCAUGGAGGUUUGCCAGGUGCCUCCAGUGAGAAGGGCCGGAAGACCUAUCCUACUGUCAAGAUCUGUAACUAUGAGGGACCGGCCAAGAUUGAGGUGGACCUGGUGACACACAGUGACCCACCUCGUGCGCAUGCCCACAGUCUGGUGGGCAAGCAGUGUUCAGAGUUGGGAGUGUGCGCUGUGUCUGUAGGACCCAAGGACAUGACUGCUCAAUUUAAUAAUCUGGGUGUCCUGCAUGUAACCAAGAAGAACAUGAUGGAGAUUAUGAUCCAGAAACUUCAGAGGCAGCGUCUCCGCUCCAAGCCUCAGGGCCUUACAGAGGCUGAGCGGCGGGAGCUAGAGCAGGAGGCCAAGGAGCUGAAGAAAGUCAUGGAUCUGAGCAUUGUACGGCUGCGCUUCUCAGCUUUCCUUCGAGCUAGCGAUGGCUCCUUCUCCUUGCCCCUGAAGCCUGUGAUCUCCCAGCCCAUCCAUGACAGCAAGUCUCCAGGGGCCUCGAACCUGAAGAUCUCCCGAAUGGACAAGACAGCGGGUUCCGUGCGCGGUGGAGACGAAGUUUAUUUGCUCUGUGAUAAGGUGCAAAAAGACGACAUUGAGGUUCGGUUCUAUGAGGAUGAUGAGAAUGGAUGGCAAGCCUUUGGGGACUUCUCUCCCACAGACGUUCAUAAACAGUAUGCCAUUGUGUUCCGGACACCGCCCUAUCACAAGAUGAAGAUCGAGAGGCCUGUAACGGUGUUCCUGCAGCUGAAACGCAAGCGUGGGGGCGAUGUCUCGGACUCCAAACAGUUCACAUAUUACCCUCUGGUGGAAGACAAGGAGGAAGUGCAGAGGAAGCGGAGAAAGGCCUUGCCCACCUUCUCCCAGCCCUUCGGGGGCGGAUCCCACAUGGGUGGAGGUUCUGGGGGCUCCGCUGGGGGUUAUGGAGGCGCUGGAGGAGGUGGCAGCCUCGGCUUUUUCUCCUCCUCCUUGGCCUACAACCCCUACCAAUCCGGUGCAGCCCCAAUGGGCUGCUAUCCGGGUGGGGGAGGUGGAGCGCAGAUGGCCGGUUCUAGACGGGACACCGAUGCUGGCGAGGGGGCAGAGGAGCCCAGGACGCCCCCGGAGGCUCCCCAGGGCGAACCACAGGCCCUUGACACACUGCAGCGAGCUCGCGAGUACAACGCGCGCCUGUUCGGUCUGGCGCAGCGCAGCGCCCGAGCGUUGCUGGACUACGGCGUCACCGCAGACGCGCGUGCUCUGCUAGCGGGACAGCGCCACCUGCUGAUGGCACAGGACGAGAACGGAGACACGCCACUGCACCUGGCCAUCAUCCAUGGGCAGACUGGUGUCAUUGAGCAGAUAGCCCACGUCAUUUAUCACGCUCAGUACCUCGGCGUCAUCAACCUCACCAACCACCUGCACCAGACGCCUCUGCACCUGGCGGUAAUCACUGGGCAGACAAGGGUGGUGAGCUUCCUGCUGCAGGUGGGUGCAGACCCCACGCUGCUGGAUCGGCACGGAGACUCCGCCCUCCACUUGGCUCUCCGGGCAGGUGCUGCAGCCCCAGAGCUGUUGCAGGCACUGUUGCGCAGCGGAGCCCAUGCUGUGCCCCAAAUAUUGCACAUGCCUGAUUUUGAGGGACUAUACCCUGUACACCUGGCAGUCCAUGCCCGAAGCCCUGAGUGCCUGGAUCUGUUAGUUGACUGUGGAGCUGAAGUGGAGGCCCCAGAGAGGCAAGGGGGCCGAACUGCCCUGCAUCUAGCCACAGAGAUGGAGGAGUUGGGGCUGGUCACCCAUCUAGUCACCAAGCUCCAUGCUAAUGUGAAUGCCCGGACCUUUGCUGGAAACACACCCCUCCACCUGGCAGCUGGACUCGGGUCCCCAACUCUUACUCGCCUCCUUCUAAAGGCUGGUGCUGACAUCCAUGCAGAGAAUGAGGAGCCUCUGUGCCCGCUGCCCUCACCCUCGACCUCUGGGAGCGACUCCGACUCUGAAGGGCCUGAGAGGGAUACCCAAAGAAACUUCCGAGGCCAUACCCCUCUUGACCUCACUUGCAGUACCAAGGUGAAGACUCUGCUGCUAAAUGCUGCUCAGAACACCACGGAGCCACCCCUGGCCCCACCCAGCCCUGCAGGGCCAGGGCUGUCCCUGGGGGAUGCAGCCCUGCAGAACCUGGAGCAACUGCUGGAUGGUCCCGAAGCCCAGGGCAGCUGGGCAGAGCUGGCAGAGCGACUGGGGUUGAGAAGCCUGGUGGACACAUACAGGAAGACCCCGUCUCCCAGCGGCAGUCUCCUUCGUAGUUACAAGCUGGCUGGUGGGGACUUGGUGGGUCUAUUGGAGGCCUUGUCUGACAUGGGUCUCCAUGAGGGAGUCAGGCUGCUGAAAGGUCCUGAGACCCGCGACAAGCUGCCCAGCACAGCAGAGGUGAAAGAAGACAGUGCCUAUGGGAGCCAGUCAGUGGAGCAGGAGGCAGAGAAGCUGUGUCCACCCCCUGAGCCUCCAGGAGGGCUCUGCCACGGGCACCCCCAGCCUCAGGUGCACUGAAUGGCCCCGGUCAACUUCCACCCAGAUCCCUCUGUACAGCAUCCCUGUCUAAUCGAAAUCUUAUUUAAACCUCAAGCCCACAUCUCGGUGGGUCAAAUAAAGGGGAAGACCCCUCCCCAACUUACGGUACAGCAACCCCAAUGUGCUGCCCAUCCCAGUCCCUGAGCGAGAAUAGAGGAGGAGGCCCAGCCAGCAAUUCAGAGCAGUUUUAAUGAGGGUGGAGGCUGUACAAAGGGUAGGGCCCACCAAAGAAGGGAAGCAGGCCGUGCCACCCCAGCCUGUGGAUGGGGCCUCAAAGUGGAUGCCCUUCCUCUGUCUCUGCAAAGAGAGAGGUGAGCCCUUGGGGAGGAAUAGGGGGACCAGCUCAGCCCCAACUCCUGGCUUCUGUCUGAGCCAGGCCCCAGGAUGGAGGGGUGUUGCUGGUGUAAGGGUGAGGUGGUCUCAGCAGAAAGCAGAAACUUGAUCAGGCCUCCCCCACGAAAAAAAAAAGGAAGAAAAAAAAAAAA